CGUCAGCGCGCACGGUGCCGUACGUCAGUCUGUGUUGAUGUUUUGUGAGUGGUGGUGAGGUGGAAACGAUCAGACGAGUCCCUUUUUUGCUUUAGAAGCCGUGUCCAAACUGCUGAGCUGUCUGCUCUGCUGCUUACUGUGGUUUCGGAGAGAGGCAUUUCUGUGUGAUCGGGAUCUCAGUGGCCUGAUUUGAAGACAAAAACAUCGAAAUAUUCGAUCUGAACAGGGUGACUGUCGUUUGAUUCUGUAGCAUUAGCCGUUAGCUACCAGUGAAGCUAACACCAACUGCUAACGCCAGCGAUGUUUUUGAUGGAAGAGUUUUUGACACCACUCGGCUCUCCGUGUACAGGACAAUGAUGGUAAAUUAUUUGUCGUUAAAUCUGUGAAUUUGUUUUUUACCAUAAGGAAAAUUAGUGUAUAUAUGCACAAAAGGGAAAAAAUAAGCGGACUGGAAGCUAAAGAGCUUAAAGGAACACUGCAUCAAUAGGACAUUAGUCAACACUCUAGCUUACGAUCUCUGUCUUUUCUACCCAAAGUGGACUGACUUAAGCACUGGAAUCACCGCCCUGGCCCACGGUAACCGGACACUGUCUGUAGGCCGUUCUGUCUACUCCCAGUAAGCGUCAAAACUGUCAAACGGAGCUUAUUUUAAGCGCAUUUAAAGUGAAUACCGGCGUCUGCAGUCGCAGGGAACAUCUGGCCUCCACCAAGCCUGCUGUGGUUCACGGAAAAAGUGCAACAAAACCUGCCAUUCUUUCUUGUACUGCUUUUUUACGCAGAAGGUGGAGUGGAUUAUACAACGAGGAAUAUUCCCGGAGAAAGCUUGUUCAGCUCCUGUUGAACCAUGACCAUUCUUCCCAAGAAAAAACCCAGUUCUGGAGGUCCAGAUGAAGACAGCCGUGGCAGUUCGACUGCACGGCCACGAGCCUCUCCCCCUCCCUGGUCAUAUGCCCCACCUCCCCCCACACCCAGCACCUCUCCUCCACCUUCAGCCCCUCCUUCUGUGGGUCCCUCAGAGCCUGGAGCCUCCCGGGCUGAGCUGGGGAGCUGUGGGGGAGGGCUGGGGGGCUGCUGCUCUGGUCCUGGGCUCAGCAAACGCAGAAGACAGGCUGGAGGCUGCUCAGUAGCCGUGGGCUCUCUUACUGGAGGGGGGCAGCCGGGGGUCACCGGCCCUGGGGCCAGUCAGGACCAGGAGGAAGGAGCUGGAAACAACAGUGAGGAUGAGUAUGAGAACGCUGCACGACUACAGGCUGUGGACCCUGCCACUGUGGAACAGCAGGAGCACUGGUUUGAGAAAACUCUAACAGAGAAAAAGGGCUUUGUCAUAAAGAAAAUGAAGGAAGAUGGAGCCUGUCUCUUCAGGGCUGUCGCGGACCAGGUGUAUGGAGACCAGGACAUGCAUGAAGUGGUCAGGAAACACUGUAUGGAUUAUUUGAUGAAGAAUGCAGACUACUUUUCGAGCUAUGUAACAGAGGACUUCACCACUUACAUCAACCGCAAGCGCAAGAACAACUGCCAUGGCAACCAUAUCGAGAUGCAGGCCAUGGCGGAGAUGUAUAACCGUCCCGUGGAGGUUUACCAGUAUGGUACAGAGCCCAUCAACACCUUUCACUCCAUUCACCAGAACCAUGAUGAGCCCAUCCGCGUCAGCUACCACCGAAAUAUUCACUAUAACUCAGUGGUCAACCCCAACAAGGCCACCAUUGGAGUGGGGCUUGGGCUGCCUGCCUUCAAACCAGGGUAUGCUGACCAAUCACUGAUGAAGUCUGCCAUAAAGACCUCAGAAGAGUCAUGGAUUGAGCAGCAGAUGUUGGAGGAUAAGAAGCGGGCCACCGACUGGGAGGCCACUAAUGAAGCCAUUGAGGAACAGGUGGCACGAGAAUCUUACUUGCAAUGGCUCCAGGACCAGGAAAAGACCAGACAGCCUCGUAAAGCCAGCGCCACCUGCAGCUCGGCAACAGCAGCUGCAUCAAGUGGAUUAGAUGACUGGAGUGCCCGGUCGCCGCGACAACGGGAAACGGACACAUCUCACUCCGACCUCACCACUGCUACGGCAACCAUUAACAAACCUCCAUCUCCAGGAGGAGCUGCACUCAUUCUCAGCAAACCUCCGUCCCCCUGUGCUCCAGGUCCCAGUAAUCCCAGUCGUCACCAUCUGGAAUACAGAGCUAUAAUGCAGGAGAUGUCCCCCACUGCUUUUGGUCUGACAGAUUGGGAAGAUGACGAGAUCCUGGCUUCUGUCCUGGCGGUGUCCCAGCAGGAGUAUUUAGACAGCAUCAAACAGCGGCAGAGCAGCUCCAGCAGCGUGCACAGAGAGAGAGAGCCUUCACCAGACAGCAGCUGAUACAGACAACCUUCCUCUACUCCACUACCUUCACCCCUCUCUCCACUGUCCCUCCUAUUACCAACUUCACAAACAGGAUCGAAAUAAAUCAUCAAAUGUACCCUUUAGUUCCUCAUUCUACAACUCUCUCUCAAAUAUGAGCUGAGAAUUAUGGGCAUGUUAUAAUAUGAACCCGGGUUUCUUUUAAGAACAAAACUCAGUUAUACUGGUGUUGCUACUUAAGGCUCCUCUAUCAUGCUUUUUUGACAUUUUUUAGCUUUAAGCCAUUUUAUAAUGUUGUUUACUCCUCAAAGUCCUUUAUGAGGUAUUUUUUGUUUGAUUCUGACAAUAUAUAAUGACCCAGAGGCAUGGGAUUAAACACACACACACAGAACACUUCAUACACUUAAAAUGUAAGCUAAAGUGGUCAGAAUAUAGCAUAAUAGGGGAUCUUUAAGUCAAAAAAUUGCAGCAGGUAACAUCCCAAUUUUGUGAGCUCUUACUUGCCCAAUCCAAACAGUUGGCAACAAACCCUUGGACUUGACAUUCAAAUUUGCACAAUAUUCUACUUUAUGGGAAAAGUGCUAAUGGGUAGUUUAUGCUAUUGCUAAUGGCAUUUUCCUUGCAAGCUCAAAAUCACCUCAAAGUCUUACUUUGGUCUCUUAAUCUAUUUUGCCGUUAGUUUUGCUUUUUCCAUCCAUUUGUUUUUCAAAAAAACAUGUAUAAAACUGUGAAAAAAUUUGAAUCGGAACUGAAUAAUGAAAUUGACCCUUCCUUCCCCCUAAAAAGGCUAACUUAGCAUGUUAAUAUUAAAAUCUCUUUUGUAAAGCUAGUUCUUUGCUAUCAACGACAGUUGUUUAAUGGGUGCAGUUCACUUAAGGAGCGCUUUGCAAGAGGAAAAAAAAAUCCAUAAUAUAGAUUGAUCUGUAAAAUUUACAGAUUUUUUUUUCUAGUUUUAAAAUGACUGUAGUGUAAAAGUUCUAUAACUCAAAUAGCUGUAUUUGUUCGAUCUACAGACACUUGAAAUGAAAUUUAAAUGCCAAAUUAUGUUCUAAUUUUUAUAAAAAAAUUAAUGUGAAUAAACAUUUCCAAAAUUAAAGCUUACUUUCUUAUGCACAACUGUCUUGAUAAGCGCUUUUUAAAAACUGCACCUCUAGAAAAUUGUCAUAGCACGUAAUUGAACCAUUUCAAAAGUUUGUUUUUCUUGGCCUGAAAACCACAUUUUAGCCUGACCACCCCUCUCCUCGCCCACCGCCACCCCCAACCCCGCCUCUCUCUUUGUCAUCCUGCACCAUCAGACUUAUUUAGCUGCAUGUGUAAUGACCACCACCAAUUAAUAUCAUCUUAGAAAAAAGUCAAUAAUAAAAAAAGGAGAGAAAAAGAAAAUUGUGAACCUUUCUCCUGUUGAUUGAAUAAUGUUGUAUUAAUAAUUAUAUAAGUUUGUUUUAUUUUAUUUUCCUGUUUGGGAUGAAAAUACUUUUUUUCUUGGAAUAAAAGAAAACAUUUCUGAACAAA